AUGAGUGAAGACACCGGAAAAGAACCUGACAAACGAACAGUUCCAUCCUCCGAACAUGAGGAAGUCACGGAUGAGCUUGCUCACUCUGUCGCCGCGUACGGACCAGAUGGCGUCCGAGGAAUCUUCUCCUCAGGCUAUGUGUUUGGGGCUGCAUUGCUGGCCUCGCUUGGAGGGUUCUCCUUUGGAUACGACCAGGGUGUUAUCUCUAUCAUCAACGAGAUGACCCAGUUUCAUCGAGCGUUCCCGCAGACGGAAACUGCCUUUGGCACGAGUUUCAUGACUGCGAUGUUGCUGCUUGGGGCAUUUGUUGGUUGUCUGUUCAUGCCUUACCUUGCGGACAGGAUUUCCAGGAAGUGGGCAUUGACGGUCGUUGUGAUUAUCUUUGAUGUCGGUGCUAUCAUUCAGACAGCUGCCCAGGACUAUGGGAUGCUCGUCGCUGGGAGAGCAAUUGGAGGUAUCGGUGUGGGUACUCUGGCUAUGACAGCGCCGCUCUAUAUCUCGGAAAUCUCCCCGCCAAACCUUCGAGGCACGCUGCUAGUCCUGGAAUCCGUCUCGAUUGUCUCCGGCGUCGUCAUCGCGUAUUGGAUCACCUUUGGAACUCGCCUCCUGGAGGGUGGGAUUUCCUUCCGACUUCCAUUCGGCUUGCAGAUGGUCUGUGCAACGCUCCUGGGUGUCUGCAUACAUUUUUUCCCGUACUCCCCGCGAUGGCUUGCACUCGUUGGCCGCUCGCAAGAAUGUCUAGCAAGCCUGGCCAAGCUCCGGAAUCUACCAUCUACAGACGAGCGCGUGCAAGCUGAAUACCAAGGUAUCCUGGCGGAGAUUGUAUUCCAGCGGCUUGUGGAAGAAAAUACUCACCCUAACGUCAAGGGCUGGAAGUUGGAAAUGUGUACCUGGCUGGAUUUGUUAACAAAGAAGAACUGGCGCCGCACAGCUGUAGCAGUCGGUGUCAGUUUCUUUCAACAGUUCUCUGGGGUCAAUGCGUUCAUAUACUACGCGCCAUCACUCUUUCAAUCUCUCGGUCAAUCAGGAGAGAUGUCGCUGAUCCUAUCCGGGGUGUUUAAUGUUCUGCAGCUCGUUGGUGUGUUCAUCUGCAUUGUCACAAUUGACCGAGUCGGACGCCGCCCUCUGGCAGUUUAUGGUGGGUUUGCGUGCGCAGCCUGUUACAUGGUUAUCGCUAUUCUCAGCGGUCUGUUCUCCCAAGACUGGACCUCUCACGUUGCAGCUGGCUGGGCGUGUGUUGCGUUUGCCUUCUUGUUCAUUCUCGUCUUUGGUGUCUCAUACUCUCCACUAGGAUGGGCCCUUCCUUCGGAAGUAUUCACCACAGCGUCCAGAUCCAAGGGAGUCGCCUUGGCCACCUGCAUUAACUGGCUCUCUAAUUUCAUCAUCGGGGUGAUUACGCCCCCUAUGAUGGAGACCCAGGGGUACCGGACAUAUAUCUUCUUCACGGUGUGGUGUUUCUUGGCUGGUGUUUGGGCGUUUCUGUUGGUCCCUGAAACGAAAGGGAAGACACUAGAGGAGAUAGAUGAUGAAUUUGGGGAUACGCAGGGUCUUUAUGAGAGGGAGCUUAUGAGGGCUGCUGUUCACUCGGUGAGGCAGGGUGUGGCCGUUGAUGAGCUCAGGGUGUAGAUAUAUAUUAUGCUUUUGGGUAUUGAAAUUUGCCGGCCUGAGGAAGAAUUAUCUGGCAGAGUCUGUUAAAUUUGUAGAACAUAUCGAAUAUAUGAUAUAUGGCG